ACCUUCAAAGGUCAACCUUCUGGGCAUGCCUGAUUGCUGCCUCCCAGGGUAUAUAAACUGCCCCAGGAAGAAACAACCCAUAUUCAGCAGGAGAGAGGCUAUCCCAAAAUGAAGGCUUUCCUUGUUCUUCUGCUGGGAGCAGUCCUGUGCUUGGACUCAGGUUCCUCUCUGCAGUGUUACAGCUGCAAGACACAGCUCAGCAACUCCUACUGUCAGACGGAAAUGAUCUGCAAGGAAAAUGAAAUGUGCAAGACAGAUGUGAUCAAGGUUGCAGGACUCUUCACCAUCAUCAGCAAGGGCUGUGACCCGUCAUGCGCUGCAGAACAUCAGGACUUCAGCGUGGGCAACAGGAAUGUCUCCUGCUGCAGCACCAACCUCUGCAACGUCAACGCAGCUGGCAGUGUGACGUACAGCUAUGGGAUGGCAGCAGGGAUAGCAGCCAGCAUGCUCUGGCCCUUCCUGAACAACAGACUGUGAGGAGCAAAGAGGAUUCCUAUGACCCCAGAAAGUCUUAGAGCACACUUCUUACAGGAAUUUUAACCAGGAGCAAUGCAUUGUGUUGGACACACAGCAUCCUUGGAGCUGAUGGCACAUCUUUGCUAUAUGAUAGCUUCUUCAUUACUGUUAUUGUAUUGCUGUAGUGCUACCAGAUAAGAAAAUAUGUGUGCAUGCUAUCUGAAUAACA